CUUCCGGUGCGGGGACCCCAUGGCUGCUCCCGGGCCGGUGGAGCUGGGCUUCGCCGAGGAGGCACCGGCUUGGAGGCUGCGCAGCGAGCAGUUCCCGAGCAAAGUGGGCGGGCGGCCCGCGUGGCUCGGCCUGGCGGGGAUGCCGGGGCCCGGGGCGCUGGCGUGCGCGCGCUGCGGCCGCCCGCUCGCCUUCCUGCUGCAGGUGUACGCGCCGCUGCCCGGCCGGGACGACGCCUUCCACCGCAGCCUCUUCCUCUUCUGCUGUCGCGAGCCGCCGUGCUGCGCCGGCCUGCGAGUUUUUCGUAAUCAGCUACCGAGGAAAAAUGUGUUUUACUCAUAUGAGCCACCUUCUGAGACGGGGGCUUCAGACAGUGGAGAAUGUGCGUGCCUCCAGCUUAAGACAGGAGCCCAUCUCUGUAGGGUUUGUGGCUGCCUGGGCCCUAAAGCGUGCUCUAGGUGCAAGCAGGCGCAUUACUGCAGUAAGGAGCAUCAGACACUGGACUGGCAGCUGGGACACAAGCAGGCUUGUGUACAGUCAGAUCCUUUAAACCAGACAAUUCCAGAUCACAACUUCCUGUUUCCAGAAUAUGAAAUUGUAACAGAAGCAGAAGAUGAGAUUAUACCUAAGGCCGUAGAAAUGGAAGAUUAUUCUGACGUUACAGAAAGCAUGGGGAGAAUACCUGAGGAAGAACUAGAUUCCAUGGCAAAGCAUGAAUCCAAGGAAGAUCACAUUUUUCAAAAGUUUAAAUCCAAAAUAGCCCUUGAACCAGAACAGAUUCUCAGGUAUGGAAGAGGUAUUAAACCCAUCUGGAUUUCUGGUGAAAAUAUCCCUCAUGAAAAAGAUAUUCCAGAUUGCCCCUGUGGUGCAAAGAGGAUAUUUGAAUUCCAGGUCAUGCCCCAGCUGCUGAACUACCUCAAGGCAGACAGACUGGGCAGAAGUGUGGACUGGGGCAUCCUGGCAGUCUUCACCUGUGCUGAGAGCUGUGACCUGGGCAUUGGUUACACAGAGGAGUUUGUGUGGAAACAGGAUGUAACUGAUACACCUGAACAAGGGUUAAAUCCUUAAAAAUGUUCCUUUUGCCUCAGGACCCCACAAUUCCAUCUCUAGGACUUUAUCCUAAGAAAGUAGUUACCAAAGACUUAUAAAAGUGUAAAAUUGUUGCUUGAUACACUAUUUACAAUGUCUCUGUAUUACUAAAACAAGUGUCCAAUGAGGGGAAUUUCAUUUUUUGUAUAUCCAUAAUGAAGGGUGAUAUAGGAGUAGACAUACAUAUAUGUGUACAUAGAAAUAUACUGGAGAGAUGGCUCAGUUGAUUGUAAUUAUUGUAAUUGUAAUUUUUUUUUUUUGCCUGUGUGUUAUGUGCACCUCAUACAUGCCUGGUGCCUUCAGAGGCCAGAAGACAAUGCUGAGUUCCCCUAGAACUGGACUUAGACACUUGGUAGAUGCUAUAGGGGUGCUGGGAAUCAAGCCUGGGUCCCUGCAGGAGCAGCCAGAGCCAGCUUUCCAGCUAUUAAGAGGGCUUGCUACUCUUCCAAAGGAGCCAAGUUCAGUUCCUAGCACCCAAAUCAGGAAGCUCGCAGCUCCAGAGGAUCUGAUGACCUUUUCUGGCCCCUGUGGGCACCCAGUACACGUGGCAUAGCUCAUACAGGUGCAUAAAACAUACAAAUAAGCAAAAACUAAAAACUCAAGAGUAUCUGGGAAGGAGCCCUGUGUUUUCCUUCUGUAACCUGCCACAUGGCAGUACUCCCCACCUCCAUGUGGGUUAAAGAGGGAGGGAGGGAAAACUGGAGCAGUCGAUACUAUCUAGUUCCAGAACAAGGAAAAACUGAACUUUGUUAGUCUGAGUAGGAUGAAGGAGCCAGUAAAGAAGUCGUGGCACUAGGCUUGGUAGGAGCCUGGAUUUAAGAAGGCCCUUCUUCACGUGGCCUUGAAGAGCCAAGGGGAUCGCUGAUAGAGACUGAGAAACAAGGGCUUUGUCUUUCCUUUACAAAUACUCUGCACAGACUGCGUUCACAAGGACUGAGGAAGGUGAACAGAGAAGGAACUGUCCCUGGAAGCAACAACCUGACUGAAGGGAGGUCCUGGAGCCAUCUUUCAGGUAUGGGAUGUUCCAUAUGGUUCACUGCCAAGCCACGUGGCCGAAUCUUAAGAUGUGAGCAGGGCUUCCAGUCUUCAUCCAUUCACAAGUGAAUUCCUGUUAUCAGACACCCACACUGAGACAAACCUGAGAACGCUGUGUGUCAUCCUUCUCUGGCAUCCUUAUUCACCCUGGUUUGUUUUUGAGACGGGGUUUCUCUGUAUCUCUGGCUGUCCUCGAAAUAGAGAUCCACCUGCCUCUGCU